AUGCCGAAAGACAGCCCGACAUUCCGACUUGCAAAUACUGUGGGAGAGGUCCGCUUCCCACCUUGUGAAGAGCGUGAUGAAGAAUUAGCCAGAAUACAUGAGGAGUUCCAACUCAAGCCCAUGGGCGAGAUCGCCAAAUACCCUCGACAUAUUCCAUAUCAGAGUGACAAAAAGUCGUUCCAAGAGAAGACAGGUCGGGAUAGUUUUCAUGUCUUCAAUUACACAUUCCAGAAACCGGGCUCUGACGUUGUGUGGACAGUGAUGUGGGACUACAAUGUUGGACUUGUGCGCACUACGCAUCUCUUCAAGUGCUUGGGCUACGCAAAGGUAACCGUUCCUGGCAAGGCACUGAGAAACAACAAGGGCCUAGAGGAUAUCUGCCACAGCAUCACCGGCGGAGCAAUCUUGGCUCAAGGCUACUGGUGGCCAUACGAAGCGGCCAAGGCUAUGGCUGCCCAGUUUUGCUGGAAGAUUCGCUACGCUCUGACGCCCCUAUUCGGCACAGACUUCCCUUCCAUGUGCAUCCCCGAAGGCCAGCCUAGUCAUGGCAUUAUGAGGAUCGAUGCACACAUUGUGGCGGAAGCUACCAAGGCCGCCAAUUUCUACCGUAGCCUUGAGCUCCAGAAGCCUCGUGCUGCUUCAAGCCAGGGAUCUCAACAGCGUGGACCUCAUGGGCAACAGAGAAUAGGUCGUCAGCGCUCUAUCACCUAUGAUGACCAAAAUCGACAGCUUUAUAGGCCCAAAUUCGCUCGACAUAGCUACGAAGACAGCAUUAGCAGUGCCCGAGACUCGUCCUCGGAGCCGUACUGUCACUCUCCCCAGAGUCCUACCAGCUCCUGGACCCCGGUGAAUGUCCCGCCCCGCAGCUCAUAUGUUUCUCCCCAUGGGGAUCGUAUUUCGCCGUGUCAGUUCUUUCAUCCCCUCAAUACCUGUCAAAAGCAAAAUAUGUCGAGCGAGUGCAGUGGAUCUGAAACCGAUGAUAGCCCUAGACCCAACUUUUCUUCGCUUGCGAAAGGAGAUACCAAAAUGGGCAAAGCCAAUUCAUGCGUGGCCGAUGUAGAGACACGGGAUUUCUGCACCGACUCUGGCUUCUCCGGCGACGAGUCUGACGAGUCUGACGACGCAUAUACGCCUGUCUCUCGAGGUUCAACGGGCGAUGCGACCAUGAGUGCGAGGAAGAAUCCUCCUCGGUCUGUUAGGAGCCUUAGGAGCCGAAGAAGUGAUACCUCGCCAUCCGCGCGUCACUUUGCCCAUGAGGUCAAGGCUGCUCAUGCCCUGCUCCAUUUGCAUAUGCAGCAGGCAGAAGACGAGCAUGAUUCUCUUGAAGCUGUACCAAUCCCAAACGCUCGCAAGAGACGUUGCGCUUCUCUGUGA